AUGGCCUCUCCCAGGCAGAGCCGAGGGGCAGGACCCCCGGACCCCAGGGACGUUGGUGCCCUACCGCUGAAAAUGAUGUUCUGUGGUGAGAGGGAAGGGGCCGUGGCCACGGCCCUGAGUUCUACCGCCUGUGUGGCUGCCACUGCCAGCGGCCUGUGGUGCAAAGCCUUCCUGGUGCUGGCUGUCUGCCUGUCUGCCACUGCUCUCCCAUACAGCCUGGGGUCUCUGGCUGCUCUGCCCCAGCCCCCCCUGGGCUCCCUGCCUCCUUCCCGUGCUCGGCCAGGCUCGCCAGCCUCCCGGCGAGGGACGGGUGAUGAUCUGGUGGCCACACGUGGGGACCUGCUCAAUGAACCGGCCAUGCGGCAGCGUGGGAGUGUGCUGAUGGACUCUGCGGCAUCUGAGGAUGGACCCACUGCAAGCCAAUGCCAGGCCAUGAAGGUGGCAGAGAUGACUGUGCUGCCUGGACCGGUGGCUGUGGCAGAAGAAGCCGGGCACAGUGAGCCCUGGACAGCAUCGCCUCUGCCUGUGCAUGUGCUGCCUUUGCGGUUCCGGCUCUUGGGCAUCGCUUACGCCGAGGCUCUGAGCAGCAGGGCUUCGGAGACCUACAGGGAGCUGGAGGAAGAAGUGAGGCUGAUGCUAAACCAAAUGCUGUCCACCUAUGAGACCUUCCUGCAGGCAAAUGUCCUUGAGUUUAUGAAUGGCUCGGUGGUUGUGCGAGGGGAAGCUCUGUUCAGGGGAGAUGCUCCUGCUCCCACCAACUCCCACCUCAUCCGGACGGUCGUCACGGAGGCGAGCAAGGGAAGGAGCAUCUUCAGCUGGCAACUGGAGCCACAAUCUGUCCAGUCCAGUGGCUUCAACCUGGAGAACCUGGAGCCAGAGAAGCUGUCCAUCUCUCUCACUGCCCUCCAGUUUGGGAGCAGCAGGAUAAACUCCCUGGAGAGGCUGAUCAGCAAGGUGACUUGGUCUCUCAAUGCCCUCUACAGUGUGAGGAACUUCACUGUUACCCAGCUCAGAAACCUCAGUGGGGACCUGGAGAUUGCUGGAGACCUCUACCUUGACACAGUCAUCCAUGCUGACGUUGCAGAGGUUCUGCAGGCCUUGACAGCUCUGGCAACCUGCUCCGUGGACCUGACCUCCCUCUCAGUGGAGGGAGCCAGGCUUCACCUACAGGUUUACCCGGUCUCCUUCCUCAUCACCAACAGACGCUUCAGUGAGGACCUUCUGGAUCCACAUGCUAUAGAGCACCAGGAGCUCACCAGAGACCUUGAGGAUGUGGUAGGCAUGGCUGAGGACACUCUGCAGCCUCCCCUGCCCCAGCCAGGCUUUCCUGAGUAUGGUGUGGCCAUCAUCAUCGUGUGCGGCCUCUGCAUCAUUACUGCUCUGAUCAUCGUGCUGGUGUUCGGAAAAAUUGAUUUGCCUCUGUUGUCCAGGAUAUCCUCGGUGAAGCUGAAGCUGAUCUGCGCCCAGGUGCUGCGGGACCUGCUGGGGGAGGCCAUCGAGUAUGAGAAGAUCCUGAAGCUGACCUCCGACACCAAGUUAGAGUCGGGGGACGUGAAGGCCACCAUCGCCGUCCUCGGCUUCAUCCUCUCCAGUGCCGCCAAGCACAACGUGGACAGCGAGUCCCUCUCCAGCGAGCUGCAGCAGCUGGGGCUGCCGAAAGAGCAUGCCGGUGGGUUGUGCCGGUCCUACGAGGAGAAGCAGAGCUCCCUCCAGGACAGCCUCAGGGCCUGCAGCCUGAGACUGAGCCAGCUGGGCUCGGUGGGCUGGCGGGUGGAUUACACCCUCAGCUCCAGCGAGCUGCGGGAGGUCAACGAGCCCCUUGUGCACCUGACCUUCAACCUGCGGGACGGGGAGCGCGGCGGGAUGGUGGCCGUCCCCGUGGUCCUCUCGGCCGACAAGUUCCGGGUGCUGCUGGCAGAGCUGAAGCAGGCCCAGGCCCUGAUGAACACCCUUCUCUGAGGAGCCGGGGCGGGACCUGGUGCACCCCGCUUUGGG